GGAGAUGCAGCUCGGGUUUAACGGGUUAUAGCACAACCUCCACAUAUUCACAUCGCAAAAAUGACCUAAGCGCGAACGGUGAACUUAUAAAGCUCCUUUAGAAAGCUUGCUGGCGUGAAGUGGACGUGGAAUUUAGAGAAGAAGAAAAAAAAACAAUAUUUUGCAGGGCUCUCAAGUUAUAUAGACAGGCGAGAGUGACAUCUCCAAACCAGCCAAACACAACAAUGGGGCUGUUGUUGUGUUGGAUUUUCUAACUGUUGCGACUAUUCUGGGAACUGGAAUUUUAGGGCUGCCAGUGACGAUUGCUCGUGCAGGACUGAUUCCCUUCUUGGUCUCCUUCCUCGUUGGUUUUUUAAUGCAGGCUUUGCUCAUCUACCUCUUUGUGGAUUUGCUUCAGCGAUGUCGAGUCAUUCAGAUGGAGUCAGUAAAGUCUCUAGAGACAGAAGGAAUAUUAAUGCAGAACGUGAGCCCGGUGGAAUCCCCUGUUCUUAACAGCGAGGAGGUAGAAGAGAGUGAAGAUGUAGAAGAUGCAGAUGCAGGCCUGCUACAGAAAGACAACACGAUACUGAAGCUCCAGGAGAAACUUCAUCCAAACCUGCAUGUGCUUGGUGUACUUUUCCUGAGCAAACGCAACAGCCAGGCCUUCACCUUGAUCCUACUUUUUCAUUUUGUAUCUAUUGGAAUCAGUUAUGUUUUGGCAGGUAGUGAAGCAUAUGCUUCACUUUUUCAUACAAGUCACGUCUACGUUAUCCCUGCGUUUACGUGGACGCUCUCUUUGGGUAUUCUCCUGGCACAGGUCAUCAUCCAGCCAAUCACGUCUCUGCUCACUCUUCUUAAAGGCAUCCUGCUGAUUAUCACUGUGGUGGUGACAUUUGUUGUGGGUUCAGAGGUUCACCAGGAGACCAAGAAUGACUUCACCCAAAUCGGAAAACCUUUCCUUAUGGGAACUGUUGCUCUCGGUGGAAUUGUCAACGUGAUGCCGUUUUUAUUUUCUGAGAUUUACCACAACAAAACACAGGUCUUGUGGUUCAGAAGAGCUCUACUGGGAGGUCUUACUACAUGCACAAUCCUAAAUAUAUUAUGGUGUUGGGCAGUGGUAGACAUCGUUCCCCAGAUGGCUGUCAAGCCCGUCCUGGAGGAGAAACUCUUAAAUACCAGCUUGGUCCGGAUGGAGACCACUCGACCGGCGCACACAUUUAUCUACUCCAACAUCUCCCUGGAGGAGUCUGAAAAGGCUGGGGAGAUUGCGACAAUACCUCUAACAAAGAUCAUAAAUCAGAGGUACACGCACUUCUCGUGGGUGGCAGAGCUGAUCCAGAUCUUCAUCACCAUCAGCAUAACCGUGUCAUUCCUUGUGAUGGGAUCAGCAAUGAAGCAUACAAUCGACGGCUUGGUAAACAGACAGUGGGAGAUGAACGCCGGCUUGAUGCUGAGAACCCAGCCACGGACUUUACCUGAAAUCUUUAACACCCUCAGGAUGAGAAGUGUUUCAGGUGGCUUCUUGUCUUUUCUGGUGUUUGGGAUCAUUUUUGUUGUGUCUAUAUGUGAUCCAAAGGGUUUUGUCGUUAUGCUCGACAAGGUCGUCUCUUUCUCCUUAAACACUGAAGUAGGCUUGUUCAUCUUCCUGAUGCUGAGGGCCUCCAGAUCAGUGAGUUUUAAUAAGCGUAUGCCGGUUCCCCUGCCAGUGGGUGAAAGCCUCUUCAGGCUUCACUGGCUCCUGCCAGUCUACUUCCUCUUUGCUGUGGCAUAUGAUCUCAGCCUGUGCGUGCUGGACAUAUCAAAGAACAUGUACCAUUCCUCACAGUCCAACAGGUCUCUUGUGUAAAAGCCUAGGCCUGAAGAGCUGUAAAAUUUAGUCCAGAGACAACAGCAGCCUUCUGGCUGAGUGUAUUGAGAUGUCUGGCCUUCAGCUGGUUAGAGUCUUCAGGGAUGAACAUCUUCGGAUAUAAUUACUUGCUACAUCCAACCAAGCUCACCCACAGCUUAAAGGAAAAGCACAGCACAAUUUUAAAUGUAGCCUGUAUUACAGUUUUCAAAUUUGAUGAAUACUUGCAGUGGAUCCUAAAGUGAAGAGUAACCAGGGAUCUGUUAUUUUUGUUGUUGUUAAAUAUUAGUUACAGUUAUGACUUUUGUCAAAGCUAUUGUAUGCAUACAUCAGUAUUUGAUCCGUAUAAUUGAACUAUUGGCUACCCAAAUGAAUGGGAAAAACUCAAAUAACUUGGACCUAAUCAUCUGCAAUUCGUAAAUUCAGGAAUAAAAAGGCUUUAAUACGUAGCCAACUUGAGAAGUUUAAUUAUGUUGAUGAGAUAAAUCUAAUCUAAUGGGACUAUGGAACUUAUUUGAUAGUGAAAGUCAUCCCUGGCAAAAACUUUAAGAACCCCUGCACUUAUCCAAACAAUGAUUCAAUAUGACUAAUGCAUGCUGUAUUUGAAUAUAUAAGAUGAAUCUAAUACCAAUAUCCAGGAAAUUGAAAUUGCAUGUUACUGUGUUAACUAAUCUAUAUGUAAGUGUCUGAUAUGUCAAUUUAGGAAAGGAAAUAAUCUGAAAUAAAACACUAAUAAUGUGUAGAAACAAAUACAUUUAGCAGUCCUAAAAUUAUUUUAUUGACACCCCCCCCCACCCACACACACACACACACACACAAAAACAAAACAAAAACCCAACACUGGAGUUCAGCCAGUGAUGACCGGUUUUCCCCAAAGUGCCAAACAUAUACAUUUUUAUGCAAGUAUAAUUAAUCUGAAUCUCUGUCUAUCAUCACUAAUGUAUCCUCACUCGACUGAGUUUCCAGGUACUACCUAUAGUUCUAAGACGUAAGAUCUAGAACAUUAAAGUAUAAUAUGUUUUAAGUCAUCAGAUUAACUGUCUUAAAUAGACCUGCCAAUCAAAAAGGAAUAAAGUUAACACACUAAAAUAAACAUUGAAGUCCUUGAAACCCAGUAGAGAUUAAAAUAGUUGAUCAUAUUUUCUAAUCAUCAUUACGAAUACAAAAAAAAGUGCAUUGUUUAGUGUUUAAGUGUAUUUUUGUCUCCUAGCCGUGUAUUUCAUAUGUUACCACACAGAACUUCUACACAACAUGCGUAAAUGGUUGGCAGGUCUGCUUUAUUAACACAAAGAUCUGUAGAUGACGGUAUCCUCUUCUCUCUUGCUGCAGAAAAGAAAAUGCAUCAUGUAUGUAACAUUAUUGAAAGAAGGAUCACAUGCCUCUUGGUAAUAUCAAAAUAUACUUUUUUAUUUUGAACUUCUGAUCCGAUGACAACAAAUCAAUGCAUUGCAAGGCUGAGCGGGGAGGGUCAG